UUUGACCUUCCAAAACAGAGCAACUAUUGCCACUCUGUAAUCUAUAUAUACAUUCAUAUAUUUUCUCUUUAUUUCUCACAUUUUUUUCCAAUAUAUCGAUAGUCACUGUAGUUAGAGCUGAAUAGAAAUGCCUGAAAGAGAGGAUUCUUGCGUUCUUGUUCAAGAACCACGCCAAGUGGUGAGAAAGUUCUUGGCCAGGCCUCAACGUGAAGGAGUUGGAGCCACUGUUAGAAGAAGCAUAGGAAGGUUUGAAUUGAAAUACUUUGAUCCUUUUCUUGUUCUGGAUGAGUUCUCCGUUACUGCCCCAGCUGGUUUUCCUGAUCAUCCACAUAGAGGAUUCGAGACAGUUACCUAUAUGCUUCAGGGAGCUGUGACACAUGAAGAUUUUGAAGGGCACAAAGGGACAAUAGGUGCUGGUGACUUGCAAUGGAUGACAGCAGGAAGAGGGAUUGUUCACUCUGAGAUGCCUGCUUCUCAAGGAACCCAAAAAGGCCUCCAGCUGUGGAUCAACCUCUCCUCAAAAUAUAAAAUGAUUGAGCCUAGAUAUCAAGAAAUACUAAGUAAGGACAUUGCAGAAGCUUCAAAAGAUGGGGUGAAGGUUAGGGUGAUAGCAGGUGAGUCCUUAGGGACUAAGUCACCAAUCUACACAAGAACCCCAACAAUGUACUUAGAUUUCACUCUUAAACCAGGAGCUCACCUCCGGCAACCGAUACCGAUAACUUGGAAUGCUUUUGUUUAUGUAUUAGAAGGUGAAGGAAAAUUUGGAUGUGCAAAAUCAGUUGCAACAUCAGCUCACCAUCUUCUGCUUCUAGGCAGUGGAGAUGGGUUAGAGGCAUGGAACAAGUCAUCUAAGCCAUUAAGGUUCAUUUUAGUUGGAGGGGAACCAUUGGGUGAGCCUCUAGUCCAAUUUGGGCCUUUUGUGAUGAACACACAAGAAGAGAUUGACCAAACAAUUGAUGAUUUUGAGAAUUAUGUUAAUGGGUUUGAGAAAGCAAGGCAUUGGAGAUCUGAAGCUGCUAUUAGCCUUGAUUUUUAGAUGCUGUUAUUUGAUUAAGAAUUUAUUAGUUGAUUUUUAUUUUUAGAGGAAAAGAAAAUAAAUAUUGCUAAUUUUAAAUCUGUA